GAUGGCAGCAAGACAUCCUGAUGUCACAGUUCAGUCUGUGUUGGGUAAGAUCAGUCGAGAUCAUCUGCAAUGUCCCAUUUGCAAAGACCGUUUCACUGAGCCUAAGGUUCUCGACUGUUUGCACAGUUUUUGUCAGGAAUGUCUCAAAGAAUUCAGACAGAGUCAACAUCCACAAGAUCCAAAACUUGUGUGUCCCCUCUGCAGAUGUGAGACCAUACUAAAGGGAGACAUUUCCGAUUUGCCAAGUGACUUCAAACUGAGCGCCUUGGUGGAUGAGGUCAAUGUCUAUGAAAAGGUACUUGAAGGUCAAAGGUCAGACAUCAAAUGUCAAGCCUGUGAUGAAGAGAAUCAGGCUGUGUCAAGAUGCAUGGACUGUGAUCAUUUUCUCUGCAAAGAAUGCCAAGCAGCACACAGGCGUUUACCUUCAAUAAAAUCGCAUCAAAUCUACACACUGGCCCAGCUUCAAUCAGGAGAGGUAACUUACAAGAGUAAGAUUAGAGAGUACACUCCAAAAUGUGGCAAGCAUUCUGAACAUGAUCUCACUAUUUACUGUGACACAUGUGAGAAGUUGGUAUGCACAAUUUGUGCUGUUGUAGAUCAUGAGAGACACUCUCGUGUUGAUCUACCUGAAGCUGUCGAUAAGUGCAAACGAGAUGUUGCUAGAAUGUCUGAAAAAGCUGAACAGAACAAAGCAAAACUGAAAACAAACAUAAGUGAAGUAGAUGCCAAGUACAGAAAGCUGAACGCCACGUAUGCAGAAACAACCAAGAAAAUUUCUAAUAAGGCCGAGAAGGAGGUUGCUAGAAUUGAAGAGGAUAUUUUAAGCAUCAGAGAGGAAGAGCAGAAACUGAAGCAAGAGGCAGACACCAUUUUCAAUGACAGAGCCAAGACAUUGGAAACCCUUCUUGCCACAAACAACAGUCGUCUAACCAAGACUGAGAAAAAAAUGGAUGAGGUUACACACUUUGUGACUCUAGGAAGUUGCUACGAGAUUAUGGAUUUCAAGACUAAACUCAAGAAUAAGUUGGAAGAAUUGACUGAAGAACAAACUGAUGAUGGGCUGGACAGUUUGUCCCCCAUUAUGGACUUUGAGGAAGGUACUGGGACGUCCCUUGGGAGACUUGUGCCUGAAAAUACACAAAUGCCAAGCUCACAGGAACCUGCAAAUUGGGAACUGACAAGAUGGAUCAAGACAAGUGAACUGAUCAACAGAAUACUUGGCAAUGUCGAUGGAAUUGCAGCAUUCUCUAACAAUGAAUUUGUUGCAUUAGUCAAGCGGCAUAAGAUGUUGAUCACUUUCUCAUUUGACUACAUGUCUCAUGUACAAAGACUCCAAUUUCCAGGUCUUAAUAAACCAACACAUGUUUUAGUUAACAGGGAUGAUGAAAUCAUUGUUCUCGACAAACCUGCUGUCAAGAUCUUCAAGAAGGGUGAGCGAUCCUGCCUCCAUCAGUUCCGACCAGGUAGGGAGACAGGCAGCACCCCAACCUGCCUUGCAGUGGACGGUGGGGAUGUGAUAGCAGUGGGUUAUAAGCAAUGGGAUAUGAUUUCACUGCACGAGAGAGACGGAUCCCUCAUCAGGAGAAUACAUGCUCCAGGUAUUAGAUCAAAAUUGGCAUUCUGUAAGCAGCAGCUCUUCUACUUUCGUAGAGGAUUCUUAGACAAGAUCGCACUAACAUCAGUUGACAGCCAUGGUAAUAAGGUCUUUUCAUUUAGUAUGGAAGGUCGUUUUCCAGAAACAUCUGGUUGGUUUACUGCAUGUUUGUGUUGUGAGAAAGAUGGCAACAUCUAUGUUGCUUUACAUGUGUUUGGUGUAACAGCACAACAUGAAAUUCAUCAUUUCAGCCACGAUGGACGGCACAUUGGCCGCAUCAUCAGUAAACGUGGUGAGCCACGUCACAUCACAUGUACACCAGCAGGAGAGCUGGUUUUGGCAACAAAAUUUCAUGUUAAAUCCUAUCAUCAAGUGUAA